UUCCGAAUGAACCGACAACAAACGGCAACACAGAAAAUGGCAGACACACCAAACAUAAAACAGUGCCGCAACCACAAACGACAUUCACGCUUCCACGCCGCACACGGAAUCGGAACGGCUCGGCUGAUUCAUCCGUUAACUCACUAGAACAAGCAUUUUCUGCUUCGGGUGCGCCUUCCCGCGUUCGGCUCUCCUGCCCAUAUGGACCGGACCCGAACGGCUGACAAUUCGUUCCCGGUUUCCGUGCAUGUAUUGGCUGGAUGGCGAACAUAAAGGCGCUUUAGUUUACUUCGAACUUCGGUCGGUAACGGACGCGCGUGACGGAGAACUGUCGCUGCAUCAGUUGCACUCGGUAGUUUUAGAGUCCGGAUUUUAACCACACCAGUGGUGUAUAUUUAUGUUGGCAGUGUCUCGAGUCUGAGAAAAACCUGCCCAAUAGUAUCGUUGCCGCCCGCCAUCGCCGCUGCGGAACGGCUGCUGCUUCUGCUGGGGCCGUGCGGACAUACACACACGGACUGUUUGCACUAUUCGGCUCUGUUUGUUGUGUUUAGCCCGGGAGAGGACGCUGGCUGUGUAUUUCGUUGGACUCUGACGAUUGUUGAGUCUCCGGGAUUAGUUCGACCUAAUUGCAAUCCACUGUUCUUGGUCGGGUGCAAUGGUUAACGUUGGCGAUUUGGAGGUUUGGUGAGCUGAAUGUUCGACGGAGCACAACGGAUGGACACGGAACGUGUGUCGCAACGCCAAUGACAAAGAAUUUGGCGCUGGGAAGAUAAUUGUUACUGAUUCGAACGGUGUUUUAGGAAGAGUGUUGGAAGAUAACUCGGUGAAUGGAUGAAAUGUAAAAAGUUUUAGUGAACAAGGUUGAUGAGAAGAAGCUGAUUUUGUGCUUGAAGAGAAGAUAAAUCCAUGCAAUAAAAGUGCGCUUGAAGCAAAAAUUAAGGAUGCACAAAGUAUGAAAAUAAUGCAAAAAGUUAUGGUGAAAGUGAUCAGUUAGCUCCGUGCAUUGAGGAGAGAAGAAUAAGUUUUCACCAAGUUCCUACCAGCAGAAUCGCUCGCAAGGCUGUCGAACAUCCAUCUUAGAGCCACAAUCCUGCAUAAAUCUCACCGAACCAUCUCAUAUUUGUCAUUUUUACGCUUAUGAUUUUGCGUAAAUUUUCUUGCGCAACAAUAGGCAAUCCGGUGCGACAGCGUUCAUUGUUCGGUGGAUCGAGACAAACAAAAAAAAAAACGGGAAAAGUUAUAGGAAAAGUUCCUCAUGAAUAAAUAGUUGUAUCGCGUCCCGCCUAGGCUGCGAAGCGAGUUCCCCGUACUUAUUUAUUCCGCCACCAUCAAAUUAUGCAUCCAGGAGAAGGAGGCGGAGCUGCAACGGCGGAGUGAGUGCGUGUGCUGUAUUGAAUAAGUCGUUCCCGGCCCGGUCGUGUAUCGAUUGGGGGAUAUCAAUUAUAAAUUGGCUCAGACUAUGUGUGUGUAAAAGGGAUAACAGGGAAAAAGCGGAAAAUAUUAAAUUUGCAAAACCGAGCCCGGCUGAUGUGGGGGAGUGCACCACUGAGAGAGAAAAAGAAUGAACCAUCAGAAAAGUAUGUAAAUUAUUCCUUGGUGGGAAGUUUGUUUUUUGUUUUAGUUUCGAGUUCCCCUUGCCAAGUUCCAUAUGCAUGAACCCGAAUCGGCAAUAGCGGUGGAUUUAUGAAUCUUCGGGGAAUUCCGAUCGGAAAUUGAAUAUUUUCGUUGAAAUUUGCAAGUUAUUUGCGCCCUGCUCCCGGAGUCGCCCCCCGAGUGGCCAAGUGGGGCAGUGGGAACCGGCUCGCUCGUCGUUUUAGGGAGGGGAAGGCGUGUGCUCUGGAAGAAACGGCACCGGUGAAACACCUUGCCGGGCAGCAUGAGUAUAUCGAGGCCAGCGAAACCGCUGGCAUUGGCCCUCGAAUCGGUGGCAGUGGGUUCGGUUUCGAUUUUGCUGCUACUGUUGCUGGUGCUGGAUGGAGUGCGAUGCGAUUAUGAGAAUACCUGGAACUUUUACUACGAACAGCCGUGCUGCGGAGGGAGCACCAAUGGACAGCACCAUCUGCGGCAUCAUAGGGAUCAUGUGCGGGAGUUCCAGUGCGGGAAGUUCUACUAUCGAACGUUCUACCUGGACGAGGAGCGGGAUUCCCUCUACGUGGGGGCAAUGGAUCGAGUGUUCAGGUUAAACCUGAAAAAUGUCAGCAUGACGUCUUGUGAGAGAGACGCCAUCGUGCUGGAUCCUUCCAGUUCUGACAUCCGGAAUUGCGUAUCGAAAGGCAAAAGCGAGAUGUUCGACUGUAAAAACCACAUACGGGUGAUACAACCGAUGGACAGCGGGAACCGAUUGUAUAUCUGCGGAACCAAUGCGCACAAUCCGAAAGAUGUGGUGAUAUAUUCCAACCUCACCCAUCUAUCACGGUCGGAAUUCGUGCCCGGAAUCGGGCUGGGCAUCGCCAAGUGUCCGUACGACCCGCUGGACAACUCUACGGCCAUCUACGUGCACCAGGGCAAUCCCGGAGAUUUACCCGCACUGUACUCCGGCACGAAUGCAGAAUUCACCAAAGCCGACACGGUGAUAUUCCGGACCGAUCUGUACAACAUGACAACCGGCAAGAAGGUGUUCAACUUUAAGCGCACCCUGAAAUACGACUCCAAGUGGCUUGAUAAACCCAACUUUGUCGGAUCGUUUGACAUCGGCGAGUACGUCUAUUUCUUCUUCCGGGAAACGGCCGUGGAGUACAUCAACUGCGGCAAGGCGGUCUACUCGAGGAUUGCCCGCGUCUGCAAAAAGGACACCGGUGGCAAGAACAUUCUGAACCAGAACUGGGCCACCUACCUGAAGGCCCGCAUCAACUGCAGCAUCUCGGGCGAGUUCCCGUUCUACUUCAACGAGAUUCAGGACGUGUACCAGCUGCCGUCGGACAAGUCCAAAUUCUAUGCAACGUUCACGACGAGCACCAAUGGGCUGGUGGGUUCGGCGGUUUGCAGCUUUGACAUUGGAGAAGUGCAUGCUGCUUUCGCAGGUAAAUUUAAGGAGCAAGCAACAUCCAAUUCGGCGUGGCUUCCGGUGUUGAACUCCAAGAUUCCGGACCCAAGACCGGGCACGUGCGUCAACGACACCUCCACCCUGCCGGAUUCGGUGCUGAACUUCAUCCGGUCGCACCCGCUGAUGGAUAAGGCCGUCAACCACGAACACAACAAUCCGGUCUUCUACAAGAGGGAUUUGGUCUUCACGAAGUUGGUUGUGGACAAAAUAAAAAUCGACAUCCUCAAUCAGGAGUACACGGUUUAUUACAUCGGAACCAAUGCCGGGCGGAUCUACAAAAUCGUGCACUACCUGUCGAACGGGGAGUCCAAGUCCAAGUUGCUGGAUAUCUUCGAAAUUGCUCAGAACGAGGCGAUCCAGGUGAUGGAGAUUAGCCAGACGCGGAAGUCGCUGUACGUGGCCACCGAUUACCGGGUCAAGCAGAUCGACUUGGCCAUGUGCAACCGAAGGUACGACAGUUGCUACCGGUGCGUCAAGGAUCCGUACUGCGGAUGGGAUAAGGACACCAGCACGUGCAAACCGUACGAGUUGGGAUUGCUUCAGGAUGUUGGCAACGAAACGUACGACAUUUGCGACACCAGUGUCCUGAAGAAGAAAAUCAUCGUGACCUACGGGCAAAGCGUCCACCUGGGUUGCUUCGUCAAAGUCCCGGAGAUACUGAAGGACCAAUCGGUUACCUGGUAUCACCAUUCGAAGGAAAAGGGACGCUACGAGAUCAAAUACAACCCAACGAAGUACAUCGAAACUACCGAACGAGGAUUGGUUGUGAUUUCGGUGAACGAAGCUGACGGAGGGCGAUACGACUGCCAUUUGGGCGGGUCACUCCUCUGUAGUUACAACAUUACGGUGGAUGCGCACAGAUGCACUCCACCGAACAAGAGCAAUGACUAUCAGAAAAUCUACUCCGACUGGUGCCACGAGUUUGAGAAGUACAAAUCGGCCAUGAAGACCUGGGAGAAGAAACAAGCACAAUGUUCAUCCAAGCAAAACUAUAGCAAUCAGCAUCCUAACGAUGUUUUCCAACGCAAUCCCAACGUCUGAUAUCAAGGACCAAACUUUGACACUUCAACAUCGAAUAGCUUGUCCACUACCUUUGGUAGGGUACUACAAUCAACUAAAUGAACUGUGAUACCCUUAAUGAUCCAAUAAUAAGAAAAAGAAAGAAAACGAAAGCAAAAAAAAAAUCGUAGAAUGAACUGCUGUACAGUGAGUGAGAGGAAGUGAAAAGCAAACAAAUCGAAACCGGUACCACGCCAGCAGCAACGCGAUUCACGAGUGUUGUGACGUCCAGGACACACCGUUUCCCGGACCGUUUCGUGCAAUCAGACGGCCGCUCGGUGGAGUACGUUCGAGUGGAUCAUUUUUUAUUUAAUUAUUUAAAAAAAAAAACAAAAAAGAACACACAACUACAGCAGCGCCAGCAGACUUAAAAGAUGUGAAAAGAAAAAAAAACGACAGACAACACAUUAUUACAUUAUUAGCCAAUUCCAACGAGCUUGCGAGAGAUCAUCAAUACCCCCACACACGGAGUAACAAUUGUAGAGGUUGUCAUUUUUCCACGCCCAUCUCCCCCAUCCCCGUGUAGCCCAUCACCCAGUUCGCUGAAGGUCCAGCAUCGCAUAGUAGAGCAAGAAAUCUGGUAACAGUCCAACCAACCUGAAACUGUAAAUAGGCACUCCAUACUCGACUACAGAACAACAUGCACCGCUAGAAUAGAAACCGCCGAAAACCCGUUCGUUAUUGCAGUUUAUUAGUAAAAGAAAAAGAUGAGGAAUGAAUGGAUAAAGCUAGCUUAUUGUUUAAAUUUAUUUUUUAUUAACGGAAGCAAAACGAAUGACAAGAACGAGCCCUAGUUAAGCAGGUAGAUAACAAACUAGCAUUUUAUCACAUACACAAACAGGAAAAGCAAUUCAACGCCACGGGAGCGAGCUCGAAAGGCCAACGGUUCUUCGUGAUCAUGUAAAACAAAAUGUAACACUUAAGACAAAUCAAUCCGCGAUAGCCGAAACCCCAACCUAUAUAAAGUAGCAUCACUCUUCUCCUCUAUAUAGCCUUUUCAAGUUCUCAUUUCCCUUUAACCGAACACAGUUUGCAAAUCGAAAAUCAUAACACGCUUCAGACCUCCUUUCUGCCCUCGCGCAAACCCACUACCGAUGCAACAUAUUCUCUCUUCAACUUCAACUUCACAUCACAUUCGAGACACAUCCCGGACAGCAAAAGAAAAACGAAAUUGAAGAAAAAAAAACUGACAGCAAAACAAAAAACCACACAGAUCAUUCGAGAGUAGAGAUGGAGAAAACAAUUUGGAAUGGUGUUUUGGUUGACCGAUGCAAUAACCGCAGACAUAUCACCGAAACCGGAAGUAGCAAAUUGAAACCGACAAGCAAAACAAAACGACAGAAACGAAAAAAAAACUUAAUACAGUAGGUGAACGAAUAAAAGAACAUCAAAUACACAACGGAUGGGUUUGUCGUUACUUUAGGAAUGGAUGGUAAAUGUAGGCACACAAACACACAGAUGAAAUUUCACCUUGAAGCUGAAGAGAGUAGAAGAAUCGUCAAAAAAACUAAAUAAAAUGCAAGAAAACGUAGCAGUGUACAUAAAAAGAAGUAUUACAUUUAGCUCUAAGUUUUUAUUAGACAGUUAAGACUGAAGAAAAUGAACAGAAGGAAAUAUGUUUAAUUUGAUUUCUUAUAAAUUGCUUUUUUGUACGUGAAUCUAUAAUGACAAUAAUUGUCACCAAAUAAAGAAAUUUAAAGACAA